AUGUACCGCGCAUGUUUAUUUCUUGUUUGUUUGGCUUUUUGCUCAGCACUUCCAAAUGAUUGGAGUGGAAUGAGACCAACCACUUUUUUAUCAAGAGAUGAUUCUGAAGUCGUCGAUAAUGCAGGUGCUGGUUAUUCAUAUUUCAAAAAACAAGAUAUCGAACUUCGACCAUCAGCUAAAUCAAUCAUUACACUUCCAAGUCAAGAUAUGUCUGAAUAUGCAGAUUCAAGUGCAUUAAAAGCAGAACCAUCACAAACACGAUUCGUUCAAACUGUUUUACCAAAAACUGAAUUCAUUCGACAACCAGUUUUUACUCAAAAAGAUCUUACACAAAUACGUACACCAGCCUUUACUGGAUACACUGGCCGACAAUCCGAUCUUUUAACCCAAUCGACAUAUGGUAGUCAACAACAAGAUUUAAGAACACUCAGUUCAAAUCAAAUUCUUCUUCCACGAACAACAUUAACUGCUCAACCAAGCACAUUCUCUGGUUAUAGUGGUAGCCAACAAAUUCGUUCAUUCCCUGAAACAUCACAAUGGAGUGGUUCACAAUCAACUAUUUCAAAACCAUUCGUUAAUACCGAAUUUAUCUCAUCUCCAUCUCGACGAGUUCUUGCUAAAUCUCAAACAGGAUCUACUACUGCUGGCUGGUAA